UUGGGAGCUGAAGAAAUUGGACGGUUUUGUCUCCCCCCGUUUUCGCACUUGGUACUAUAUAUCAUUCGGGUUAUUUAUGGAAGGAAAUGCGAGUCGAAUCCAGCGCUGCGUUUUUUGGGGGCCGCCGGGGGUUUCCUUGACGGGAGAAAUUUCGAUUCCGGUUUUGGUUCCUCUCCCACAUGGAGAGUCCAAUUCUAAGGCACGAAGCGCGGCGAGAUCUGCGAGGACUGGAAUAGUUUGUGACGGCGAUUCCUGCGGCGUGCCUGCAAUCGUGUGGGCGGACGAGGCUGCACUGCACUGUGUCAAUCUUUUCCCGGCUACAGUGGCGGCGAGGACACUCACAGCACAGGCGCCGCGCAGGGCAGCGGAGCGGUGGCGCCCGCUCCCAUCUGCGGCCGCCCAUAAAUGCUGCGAUCUUUCUCUCAAUCCGCGGCCUCGGGUCGGGUCGGGUCGGGACCCAGCCCAACACUUUGAACUGGGGAAACGGCCGCCUCCUUUUUUAACGCAAUCAUCUCUACCGGGCGUGUUGCUCGCCUUUUUGCUUCCGCUCCGCCUGCCAAGCAGGCCCGGCGUCCAACUCUGGUGGCAACUGCCAGGGCAGCCCGGUACUCGCUCGAUCGCUCGGCUCCCCGUUGGCAUUAAAGCCCCCGACGCGGUUGUUGUGUUGUACUGUUGUUUGUACUAGGCAUUACUGGUUGUCUUGAAGAAGAAGAUGAUGGUGGGCUCUUCCCGCCACCAGCUGCUGCAGAGGAAGGGGAAGUCCGUGGCUGACAAGGGCGCCGCCGCCGCCGCCGCCACUGUGGCGGCAGAGAAGGUGGUGGUCGCGGUGAGGGCAGCCACGAGGGAGAUCUCCAAGACGGCCAUCAUCUGGGCGCUCACGCAUGUCGUGCAGCCAGGCGGAAGCAUCAUACUUCUUGUCGUCAUCCCGGCACACAGCUCUGGCAGAAAGUUCUGGGGCUUUCCGCUGUUCGCUGGAGACUGUGCAAGUGGCCAUAAGUCUAUGUUGGAUCAGAAAUGUGAUUUAUCAGAGUUGUGUUCUCAAAUGUUGAAGAAAAUUGAUGUGUAUGACAUAGACAAGAUAAAUGUGAGGUAUAAGCUUGUUUCCGGCUCUCCUUCUGGUGUUGUAGCUGCUGAGUGCAAGCAAGCACAGGCAAGCUGGGUUGUGCUAGACAAGGAUUUGAAGCAUGAGGAGAAGCGUUGUGUGGAGGAGCUUCAGUGCAACAUUGUUGUUAUGAAGCGAUCUCAGCCUAAAGUCCUUCGACUUAAUCUUGUGGGAUCUCCUGAUAAAGAGUCUAAAGCAACAUGUGCAGUUCCACCUGUGCUAGAUGGUUCUACCAGUAAAAUUGCAACUGAUGUUAAGGAAGCACGGAGUUCAAUUCGAGGACCUGUUGUAACCCCAAAUAGCAGCCCAGACCUGGAGACACCUUUCGGAAGUACUGAAGCGGGAACUUCCUCUGUCUCGAGUUCAGACCCUGGGACAUCUCCGUUUUCUGCUUCUGAAACAAAUGGUUCUCUGAAGAAAGAGGUGCAACAAACAAAGGAUAAAAUUCAGCAUUCAGAUGCUAAUAUUUCUGAUUCAGACAGUGAAACAUUGAGCCCUCCAGCAAAUUUCUCACUUCAGCCAUGGAUGUCUGAUAUUCUACAGGGACCAGCAUCGUCAAGAUCACUUGGAAAAGUUCCACGAAAAAAUCGCACUGCAACUGCAGAUGUUUUGUUGGAAAAGUUUUCCAAGCUGGAUCUCCUGAAUGAAAUUAAUGCUAUGAGAAGCAGGUCAGACUUAAACUUCCGAGGAGAUGUCAGGGAUGUUGUUUUGUUGGCAAGGAAUGCACCUCCUGGACCACCUCCGCUUUGUUCAAUAUGUCAGCACAAGGCACCUGUUUUUGGAAAGCCUCCUCGCUGGUUUAGUUAUGCUGAACUGGAACUUGCAACUGGUGGUUUCUCACAAGCAAACUUCUUAGCUGAAGGUGGAUUUGGGUCUGUUCAUCGAGGUGUCCUUCCUGAUGGCCAGGCUAUUGCUGUUAAGCAACACAAGCUUGCUAGUUCCCAGGGUGAUGUUGAGUUCUGCUCAGAGGUGGAAGUUCUUAGUUGUGCACAACAUCGAAAUGUUGUAAUGCUGAUAGGUUUUUGCGUUGAGGACAGAAGGCGUUUAUUGGUUUACGAGUACAUCUGCAAUAGAUCUUUGGAUUCACAUCUCUAUGGUCAUAAUCGAGAAACAUUGGAGUGGACUGCACGACAAAAGAUUGCAGUUGGUGCUGCUCGUGGGCUGCGGUACCUUCACGAGGAAUGUAGGGUUGGCUGCAUAAUCCAUCGUGACAUGAGACCAAACAACAUCCUUGUCACACAUGAUUUCGAACCACUGGUUGGAGAUUUCGGCCUGGCGCGAUGGCAACCCGAUGGAGACAUGGGCGUUGAAACAAGAGUUAUCGGCACAUUCGGCUAUCUGGCUCCUGAAUAUGCACAGAGUGGGCAAAUAACAGAGAAGGCUGAUGUAUACUCUUUCGGGGUUGUGUUAGUGGAACUUGUCACUGGGCGGAAGGCUGUUGACAUUAACCGACCAAAGGGUCAGCAGUUACUAACUGAAUGGGCACGCCCAUUCUUGGAGGAGUAUGCAAUUGACGAGCUCAUAGACCCACGACUCGGAGAGCGCUACUCUGAAAAUGAGGUGUACUGCAUGCUGCACGCGGCAAACUUGUGCAUAAGACGCGACCCACAUUCAAGGCCUCGCAUGUCCCAUGUUCUUCGCAUUCUUGAGGGUGACAUGGUCGUGGAAUCUGGUGGUUCUGUUACUGGCAGUAGUGAUUCUGGGAGCAGAAGCUGGAGGAUGCUGAACGAACAGCAACAUUGCCAGGAGUACAGUAGCCCGGCUCAACAAGAGUCGCAAAGGGCAGGCGAGGGGAAACGCUCCUACAGUGCCUUGAGGGCCUCUUGGGACCGAGACAAGCAGAGUAUCUCCAACAGAUAUUAGUGCCGUCUCAUAAUGCAGUGCAGCUGAGAUUGUUUAGUCCUGUAUUAUUCCUUCGCCCUACCUCCCGGUCUCAAUUUUUUUUGGCUUGCUCUUUUGUCUUCACUUCGUAGCAAUUUGUAGGCCGAAAGCUUUUGCUGAUACAUUGCCCUGGUGUAUAGUAGAAAUGGGUAAUUUCCUAUAUUACAAAGCCGGUUGGAAAACGGCGUUGAUUAAGGUAUCCACGUCACCUCAUUUGAUAUCAGCCGUAUGAUCUAGAUCUACUGGAUACGAGCCAUCUUGCUCCCACCUGCCGCCAGCCGCCUCCACAUAAAUAUUUUUUUCCUGAAUCUCCACACUACCAGAGUCUUCCAGCGGCUUCCUCUCCCUCCUCAGAUUCCUCUCCUCGCGUUCUCCCUCGCUACCACGCUUGCGUGAAUGCCCUCACCGCCUCUCCCCGUGCUCGCCCAAAUCACCGCCUCUCCCUCCCUGUCGCCCCUGCGCCACGGUGGUUCACGCCUUUGAAGUCACCUCACUCAUCCUGCCGAUGCAGUCACCCACACCGCCUCCUCCCCUCCGCUCAAGCCGCACCGCGAUAGCUACACGCCGCGACAUCAGCUGCCAGCAGCGCCCCCCCUAACAACGUCGCGGCGUCCUCGUGGGCUAACCCCCUCCAUCACUUCUUCUCGCCGGGAGCUCCAUCCACCUUCUCCAGCACCCCCACCCCCGCUCAAAUGGUGUCAGAAGGUACGGGAACCAAUGGGUUUGAAGGCUGUUCUUAUGGAAUAUAAUGAGCUAGCCAUUAAACCACGGAAGGUACACAUCAUUUUCUCAUUAUAAGUUAUCUUAUAUUGUACAAAGACACUUCAUGUUGCCCACAGUUUAUGUCGUCAUGGGCUCAUGGCUUGGCCACAUUAUCACGUUCAUAAUGCAUGAGCGUUGAUCAGCUACUCAACUGGCAUCUAUACCUGCAACUAUGAUCGCUUGAUUUAUUUACCUAAUUAUUUGAACCGUUCCUAGGGCUGAGAGAAAAUUGGGAGGUGGAAGAGAUGCGCUCACCAAUCAUCUCUGCGAGAGAAAGCAGUGGUAUUUUCCUAAACAAAGAGAUAAAAGAAGAAUAGACCAUGUCGCUGCCUCAUUUAUCGGAUACUUAGGGGCUCCUGCAGUCCUGCUCCGUCAGACCGUCACCUUCAAAGUCAAUAAGAUUCUAGCUUAAAUUUGGGAGAUGCAUAUAAAGUACCUUGCUUUUAUGCAACCAAUUUGCAUUUUUCUCUAUUGGUUUUGUCAUUGUAUUUUGUUUUUGCUGUUUUAACUAACUCCCAUGUGUUAAAAAACAUGGCAGUGAAAGUACCUUGCUUUUAUGCAACUAAUUUACAUUUUCUCAAUUGGUUUUUGUCAUGGCAGCAUAUAGCUCAAAUAUUAGUUAUCCUUUUUCAGACAUAUGGACAUUAGACUUACUACUAUCAGGAUCAAAACAUAUGCAUAUCAUUAGGCAGGAAUAAGGAAUAUGUGACUACUAUCGACACUUUUAUGUAUUUUAGCUUGACAUAUGAAUCUAGGUACUUACAUUUUUGGAAUCGGGCAAACAGCGAUAGUUUGAAUCACAUGUUUUGCCAAAAGGAAUUAUUAGAACUGUUCAAAGUUGGAAAAAAAUACAUAUUUAUGUUUUCUUAUGCACGGGUAAAUUGCUCUGUUCAUAUAUAAAAAAAUAACUGUAGUAUUAUUGCUUAUAUUGAUUUUAAAUGAUGACCUUAUUAGAUGUGCCAUCGAGACCACAUAUAUUAGCAUUUUGUGACUAGAAAUACAAUGCAUGAAUAUAUAUAGAUAACCUUUACAUCGUGCUACAUGCUUUCGGGAAAUAAGGAACCAUUACAACAUAUAUAUUUUUAUGAUGUACAAUUUCGUCAUCGGAUAUACCAUGUGCAUAUGUGCAGUAACCCAUUAUGCUUUUGUUUGUGUAUACAACAAGUUACGCAUCAACAUACAUGGACAAAAUCAAACAAGAUAAUAAACCGUUUUGUCAUAAAUUAUUCUUCAGAAUAAAAAAUGUUUAAGAACUGUAUAAGCACACCUACAAUUAGCAACCUCUGAAGAUUUGUAUGAACUAAUAUUUAUGUGUAACCAUGACAACAUCACACGUUAGACCCUUGAAAGAAGCCAUAUCAUGUUUCCAAAUAUUAGGCUAAAUGUCUGAAUAAAAGAAGAAAAAACACUAGGUGCAGUUUUUGCUAAGAUAGUGCCGACGAGGAAACAACAGACACAUUGUAAGUGAUUCUUGCAGUACCAAUAUUCCCAUGAACUUAUUACUAAAGAAGAUGUCUUUGUGAUGGUACAUUUGUCCAUAUUUCUUAAUCAUAUAUAUGGCACACUAUACAUUUUCCCUCCCGGUGUUUUGGAAUCCUUAUUUGUGGUACUAAUAAGUAGCAUUCUAAUCUGCGUAUGGUUGUUUUGUUACAAAGUCAUAUUCUGUCACUAUAAUUUAUUAGAGAGAAAAAUGUUUGGUUGCACAAUUACAAGCUUGCUUUGUUUGAUUCUAUUCUACCUGCAGCGCAGCCACAUGGGCCCAGCAAUAGCAGCGUCACAUGGUGGUGGCCAUCGUCACGUCGAGCUAGAGAUGUCAAUGGGUAAUUCCCCAUCGGGUUAUAGCAUCCCAGACCCAUCCCCAUCAUGUUUGAUACAUCCCCAUACCCAUACCCAUACCCAUCAUGGGUACAAAACUCAUCCCAUACCCAUCUCCAUUCGGGUUUCGGGUCCCCAAUGGGUCCCCAUCCCCAAUUAAGGAAUAACUAGGUACUAACAUCUAGCACAAACUAUCCAGAUUUCAUACAUCACCACAUCGGCAAGCACUCAUCCACGAACUAUUGUCCAUUCAUCCAUUCAUCAGAAGAGAAAUCAGUACUUGGGACCAAUAUAAGAAAUGGAGUCUGCCGGGUUUGAUGGCCGACUCGGCCUCAACUCAUUCAUACAAACAGGACAUGUGUACGCAUAUGAAAUAACCAUGGGUAAUCGGGUUCGGAUUAUUGCUUCCCAAACCCAUACCCGUUUACCCAAUGGGUGGAGAUUUUGUCCCAUAUCCAUACCCAUGGGGACAAUUUUUGUCCCAUACCCGUACCCUAAUAGGGGAAUUCCCCAUGGGUUAUCGGGUAUCGGGUCCCCAUUGACAUCUCUACGUCGAGCUCUCCCUCUCCACCAACUAACAGUUCCUGACAGUGGAGCAGAAAUUCAUUAAGAGCAUAUAGGGAUUCACAAGUGAUUUUGAGCCCAACAAUCUCGCUGCCACCGAUACUCCUGGUUCGUAUAUUUGGUUACUCAAAACAUGAGAUGAUCCUCUGAAGUAGAAAGGGAAACACUGAAUACGCUCUUGCUGAAAUAUUCUAUAGAAAGACACAAUUCCAUUUUGGCAGAUGCAAGUGAAAGAUCUACAGGGAAGAAAUUGGGGUAGCAUAUAACCGCCGCAAGGGAAAAUAUGGUGUAGCAGAUGAGGAUAUAAUCUUAUAUGGUCAAUGUGUUUGAAUUGGUCCAACCAUUGAUAUUGCUUCACGGUUGCUAGACUUGAGAGUCGCGGUUUUGCAUAGUCCUAUAUUUUAUCUGCACUAAGAGUAAUAUAUACAGCCAAGCAGACGUUUGGUUUAACAUUUACAAGGUAUGUUUGGUACUUUUGUUUUUUUGGAAUUAAUGGUUGUCCGAUGCUUGUCAUUCA